AUGAAGACUUUUACUAGAGAGACCACUGGUGAUGAAGUUGUCAAGGAAUUCGCUGAUAGAAUCGAGGGCAAGACGAUCGUUAUAACGGGUGCGAGUGAAAAAGGCCUCGGAGGAGAGACUGCGGUUGCACUCGCUCAUGGUAACCCUGCACACUUGAUCCUCCUGGCUCGCUCCCAAACACGGGUGGAGUCGAUCAUAUCCCGGAUCAAAGAAAUCAACCCUUCCAUCCAGGUCGACUUCGUCCCGGUGUCACUUGACGACUUUGAUUCCGUCCGAGCCGCUGCCGCCACCAUCAACGGCAAGAUCUCCAAGCUCGACAUCCUCAUCAAUAACGCGGGGAUCAUGGCCAUCGAGAAGUACACGACCAACAAGCAAGGAAUUGAAAUCCAAUUCGCAACAAACCAUCUGGGCCACUUCCUGUUCACGAAACUCUUGUUCCCCAAGAUUCUUGCCGCCGGGCGUGGAGCGAGAAUCGUCAACCUCACCAGUCUCGGCCACAAAAUCUGCCCUGUCCACUUCGACAACUACAAUUUCUCUGACGGAAAAGAGUAUGACGCUUGGUCUGGCUACGGUCAGUCCAAGACCGCCAAUAUUCUCUUCUCGCUGUAUCUGGCGAACAAGCUGCGUGACCGUGGCAUCCAGAGCUACGCUGUCCACCCUGGCGGGAUCUACGAGACUCAACUGGGAGCUCAUAUCUCCGAUGUUGUCCAGGCACUUGGCAGUAUUGAGGCAUAUGCGCAAAAGAAUACUGGAAGACAUUUCCCUAUUGACCAGGAUCCACCGAAGAGUAUGGCGCAGGGCAUCUCGACAACUCUGGUGGCUGCCUUGGACCCUAGGAUCGAGCCGCAGAGUGGUAUGUAUAUGGCAGAUUGCCAGUGCCAAAACACAUAUGAGUACGCGGAGAGCAUGGAGGGCGCGGAGAAACUGUGGAAGCUCAGUGAGGAAUUGGUGGGAGAGAAGUUUGAGGUCUAA